CGAAGAAGAAGAAGGAGCAGAAGAAGAAAAAGAGGAAGUUGAGGGGGAAAAAAAAGAAUUGUGCCGUCUUCUGACUUCCACUUUUCAGCUCAUGGCUUCUACAGCGACUAUUAAGAUUGGAAUAAUUGGUGGUUCAGGCCUGGAUGAUCCAGAUAUCUUGGAGGGCAGAGCAGAACGUUAUGUUGACACACCAUAUGGAAAGCCAUCAGAUGCUCUGAUACUGGGGAAAAUAAAAAAUGUUGAAUGUGUGCUCCUCGCCAGGCAUGGGAGACAGCACACUAUAAUGCCCUCCAAUGUGAACUACCAGGGUAACAUCUGGGCACUGAAGGAAGAAGGCUGCACACAUGUUUUGGCCACCACGGCCUGUGGAUCACUCUGUGAGGAAAUUCAACCAGGAGACAUUGUCAUCAUAGAUCAGUUCAUUGACAGAACAACCAAGAGAGCUCAGACACUGUAUGAUGGGCAGCCCACCAGCCCUCCAGGUGUGUGUCACAUCCCCAUGGCUGAUCCGUUCUGCAACAGAACUAGAGAGGUUUUGAUGGCUGUGGCACAGAGUUUGGGGAUCAAGUGCCACAUAAGAGGGACGAUGCUGUCUAUUGAGGGUCCUCGCUUUUCCUCACGAGCAGAGAGCCUGAUGUUCCGCCAGUGGGGUGCUGAUGUCAUUAACAUGACCACGGUGCCAGAGGUGAUCCUUGCAAAGGAGGCCGGCUUGUGCUAUGCCAGCAUUGCCAUGGCUACAGACUAUGAUUGUUGGAAGGAGCAUGAAGAGGCGGUGUGUGUUGACAAUGUAAUGAAGACGAUGAAAGAAAACGCGAACAAAGCCAGCAGUCUUCUUCUUACGGCAAUCCCCCAGAUUAGUCAGAUGGACUGGGCUCAGACAAUAAAGACCUUGAAAUCCAUGGCUCAGUCUUCAGUCAUGUUACCAAAGCACUAAGUGUGAAGCGGAAGCAGAAGUGCACAUGGGUACAGCUCCCGUUCACUACCUGUCCCGCAGUGGCAACUGGACACAAUUACAAGAAAGUGCCCGACACACAGCAAGUCUGCUGCGUUCUCAGCUGCAGUUUUUACUGGUUUAGCUUGUCUCACAAUACAGUGGAAAAGAA